CUGUAUUGAUUCAUACACAAUUAAAAGUCCAAUAUUCUCUCUCUUCCUCUUUCUCUCUCUAGGAUUAGCAUAAAUUGGACAUCUUUCUGCUGGACUCCUUGGUUAGAUUACAGAAAAGAGAGCUACUCUCUCUCGAUCGAUCGAUCACUCAAAAUCUUUAUAGAAUUAUGGCUGAAAUGUCCGGAGCAAAUGGAGUGUCCCUGAGUAUAAAGGAUGAUGUGAACGAGAAGAGAAUUCAAGAUUCUCCAGACUGGUUGCCUUUUAUACAGAAGAUAAUUGCAGAGAUUUUGGGUACAUACUUCUUGAUUUUCGCCGGUUGUGCCGCGGUGGUGGUGAACGCCGACAAGGACAAGAUUAUAACCAUGCCCGGAAUCGCGAUUGUGUGGGGACUUGUGGUCAUGGUUAUGAUUUACUCGGUUGGUCAUAUAUCUGGUGCACAUUUUAAUCCGGCUGUGACCAUUGCUUUUGCCUCCUGCAAGAGGUUCCCAUUGAGACAGGUACCGGCAUAUAUUUCGGCUCAAAUGAUUGGAGCCACACUAGCAGGCGGAACCCUACGGUUAUUGUUCCAAGGAAAACAUGACCACUUCGGUGGAACAUUUCCGACCGGCAGCGACAUGCAGUCUUUUGUUGUGGAAUUCAUAAUCACAUUCUACCUCAUGUUCGUCAUAUCUGGAGUUGCUACCGACAACCGAGCUAUUGGAGAACUUGCGGGUUUAGCCAUUGGAGCGACUAUUUUACUUAAUGUGAUGAUUGCAGGGCCAGUAUCUGGGGCUUCAAUGAACCCAGCAAGGAGUUUGGGCCCAGCAAUAGUGUCCAAUAAAUACAAGGGAAUAUGGAUAUACAUAGUGGGCCCAACUCUUGGGGCUGUAGCAGGUGCUUGGGUCUACAAUAUCAUCAGAUUCACAAACAAGCCUUUAAGAGAAAUCACCAAGAGUGCUUCUUUCCUCAAGAGCUCGGCCCGCAAUGGGUCCAACUAAUAAUUAAGCCCAUCUGGCUUUAGCUUGCCGUAAAAUGUUUGAGAAUUUUGCUCUUAUUUUAUAAAUUAUGUAAAAGAAAUUUUAAAAAAUAAAUAAAUGUUAAAAUAAUAUUGUCCAACUCGAUCCCCAGUCAGCCAUCUUGACCGAGUCUAGUUGAAUGUACGGGUCGGGUUGGAUAUCUUGAUAAUUUCCCAGAGUAAUUAUGUCGUGUUGGUUUCAA